ACAGGUGGGAACCAGCGUGAACUUGCCCGCCAAAAGAACCUGAAGAAGACUCAGGAGAUCCACAAAGGGAAGAGGAAAGAGGAUAGCUUGUCUGCUUCUCAGAGAAAACAGAGAGACUCUGAAAUUAUGCAGCAAAAACAAAAAGCGGCUAAUGAAAGGAAGUCUUUGCAGGCAGGAGCAAAAUGAGCUGCCUGUAUGGAGAAGACAGAGUGCACCAAUGAAGCAGAAGAGCCUAGAAGAUCAUUCAUAAGUGUCCAGCCAUUAAAUGUUGACAUUUCUAUCUUGAAGAGUUGUUCAACUAGCAUUAGUUCAGAGUACUUUUCUGGUUAGCAUAGCCUUAGUUGUCUGGAGUGCUAUUUAAAAACUGACUA